GUCAUGCUUCCGGAUUCUAUCUUUCUUACCAUAGUCAAUUUCACUAGCAUGUCAUGUCAAGUAUGAAGUUUCAUUUUCACUGUUUCAAUAUCUCCUUGCUGCUAUGCAAUAAAUGCUAAUUUCGAUGAGUAGCGUGGAGCCUAACUAAACUGUCUUUCUCUAACAAUCAUGAAGGACGGUGUCGGUGACCAAACGCCUGUCGUGCGUAAAGAGGUCUUCAACGAGUAUUUAAAUUAUUAUAAUGAGAUUUGGUGCAAGGGUAACAUUAAACUAUGUCAAGAGAAUCACGUUAUUGGAGGAGCUAAGCGCUUUUUGCUUUUAGAGACAGACCCUGGAAAAAGAUUUUUUACCUUUGACUUCUAUCUUACUGCAUCCGAAUGCGUAAAAGGUUUUAAAGAUUGUCGGACAUUCUUCAGUACGCUCAUCAAAGCCACAGAAAUGUUAGAGAUAUUCUGUGUAAAUCUGUUUCUUUACCCAUGGAAGAAGGAAAUCAAGGUGCUUAAGACUUUCACCGGCCCAUUUGUCUACUGCAUUCAACCAGUGCUGUCCAAGAGUGCUACAAAGAGUAUCCUCGAAACAAUAGGAUAUCAUCUUGAGACUGACACAGAAUACCGACUGACAAACAAAGCGGACCCUGAGACAGCAAAGAAAAUGGGCUUUGAGCUUUUCAUGGCCCGAAUAGAGUGUGAGUACCUGCUGGAGCUCAUGGGUCAACAGUCACCAUCUGAGUGUCUGGAGAUUUUACAAAGGAGAGCUACACCGCUACCUCACUCCCAUAGAGCCACUGAAGAGACUGCAGCUGAGUAUUUACAAAAGCAAAAAGAGGAGGAUGAUGAGGUGCUCCCUAAUGGUUGUCCUUUGGUAGACCCAGGACCCCUGGAGGCAGAUGAGGUAGACUUGACCGAGGUGAAGCCCACCAAUGCUACACCAAGCAGGCAACAGGAAGAUGGACAGGUACUCACCAAUCUGGAGGUUCAGUCCAUUGAUACGACACACACUUCAGGAAUUGAAACAUCUAGGACAUUCUUGAACGAAGACCAGUCUCUCAUGGAAAUACGGCAGAAUUACCCAGACCUUGCCAUAAGGCAGAAGCUAAUAUUCAGAAAGCCACUGCAGGGACUGGGGGGGCGACGUAUCAAAGAGAACCCAUCUGAGGAGGGUAGUGGUUUAACCAAAUCAGCUAGCAGUGAUACAAGUGGUCCCCAGUCCAUCUCUAUACACACCACAACAGUACCAAAAACCCAUCUCACAGAGGCAGUUGCAAAACCCCAGCCUCUGGAAGGGAAGGCCUACAAGACCACCGUCACAAUCCACGGACCAACCGCUCCACAGAUCGGAGUGACCGUAGAAGGUCGGACGGUGGAUGACGCCGAUGAUACAGAUGAGCUAAACAAGCUAGCUGAGAAGAUGGGCCAGCAGCAUGUCCAGGAGCCAGGGGAAGAAAACCUGAAAUACCCGGUUGAAGAGACUGUGCCGCCAAAUCCCAGUGGCCAUGUGUUCCAUCACCAAGGUUCCACCAGGUGCCAGAACCAGCCCAUCAUGUGCCAUCCAUCUUUGCUGAAUGUCUGUACCAUCGCAGGCUGUGGCUGCUGUGACGGAGCAGGCAGCCCCCACAAGGACAGUUCUAGUGGGGACACCAUCAAGGAGCCACCAAACUCCUUCUACGUCCCAACCAGCCUCCUGGAGCCCCCAGUCUUGGAUCCUCCGCAGAAAGACCAGGAAGGCCUCAGCCCUCAGCCCACAGAGGAAGAACUGCUUAAGACCUAUGUCAUGGUGGACGAGCCUUUAGAGGAAGUGAGGUCAUAACUGAAUGCCAGGGAUCCCAGACCAUUUAGGGUUAGGGUUAAUUUGCAAGGGAAAUUGAUUGACACAUGAGUUUAGGUCAGAAACAUUACAUGCCAAUAAUUUCUUUUAGCCUGGGCCCAAUUCAAUGUAUGAAUGUGACAAUUAGAAUGUAUUUUUAUUGAAGUUUUCAGUAUUUCCUGAUCAUUGCUUUGUACCAUUUCUCAGGUGAUUUUUCUUCUACAAUGUUGGUUAUGCUUGAGCUCAUUUGAGGUGGAAGUAUUUUUUCCCAAAGUAUCAUCUUACGGAGAUAGUGCCUUACUGUAAUGAAUGAAAUGCCAAUCCUGCACUUAGCUUCCCUGGUCUUUGCACAGUCAUUCAAGACUACAAUCUUUUGUAAUGUUUAUGUAAAUGUGCAACAGAAAGCAGAAUGUUAUUAACCUUUUUAAUCUAAAAUAAACAACAUCCAUGGAAAGGAUUAAUGGUC